CUCCCUGAGCACCCUCUCUCCUCUCUGCCAACCAGCUCGCUCACUCACCUCCUCCUUGGCACCAUGACCACCUGCAGCCGCCAGUUCACCUCCUCCAGCUCCAUGAAGGGCUCCUGUGGCAUUGGUGGUGGCUCCAGCCGCAUCUCCUCUGUCCUGGCCGGAGGAUCCUGCCGCGCUCCCAGCACCUAUGGGGGCCUGUCAGUCACCUCCUCCCGCUUCUCCUCUGGGGGAGCCUGCGGGAUGGGGGGCGGCUAUGGUGGUGGCUUCAGCAGCAGCAGCAGCUUUGGUGGGGCCCUAGGUAGUGGCUUUGGUGGAGGAUAUGGUGGUGGUGCUGGUUUUGGUGGUGGCUUUGGUGGUGGCUUUGGUGGUGGCUUUGGUGGUGGCUUAGGUUCUGGCUUUGGCGGUGGCGAUGGUCUCCUGGUGGGCAGUGAGAAGGUGACCAUGCAAAACCUCAAUGACCGCCUGGCCUCCUACCUGGACAAGGUGCGGGCCCUGGAGGAGGCCAACACUGACCUGGAGGUGAAGAUCCGAGACUGGUACCAGAGGCAGCGGCCUGCUGAGACCAAAGACUACAGCCCCUACUUUAAGACCAUCGAGGACCUGAGGAACAAGAUCCUCACGGCCACUGUGGACAAUGCCAAUGUCCUCCUGCAGAUUGACAAUGCCCGCCUGGCUGCUGAUGACUUCCGCACCAAAUAUGAGACAGAGAUGAAUCUGCGCAUGAGCGUGGAGGCCGACAUCAAUGGCCUGCGCAGGGUGCUGGACGAGCUGACCCUGGCCAGAGCUGACCUGGAGAUGCAGAUCGAGAGCCUCAAGGAGGAGCUGGCCUACCUGAAGAAGAACCACGAGGAGGAGAUGAAUUCCAUGAGAGGCCAAGUGGGUGGAGAUGUCAAUGUGGAGAUGGACGCAGCCCCUGGUGUGGACCUGAGCCGUGUCCUGAACGAAAUGCGCGACCAGUACGAGAAGAUGGCGGAGAAGAACCGCAAGGAUGCCGAGGAAUGGUUCUUCACCAAGACAGAGGAGUUGAACCGCGAGGUGGCCACCAACAGCGAGCUGGUGCAGAGCGGCAAGAGCGAGAUCUCCGAGCUCCGGCGCACCAUGCAGAACCUGGAGAUCGAACUGCAGUCCCAGCUCAGCAUGAAAGCGUCCCUGGAGAACAGCCUGGAGGAGACCAAAGGCCGCUACUGCAUGCAGCUGGCCCAGAUCCAGGAGAUGAUUGGCAGCGUGGAGGAGCAGCUGGCACAGCUGCGCUGCGAGAUGGAGCAGCAGAACCAGGAGUACAAGAUCCUGCUGGAUGUGAAGACUCGGCUGGAGCAGGAGAUCGCCACCUACCGUCGCCUGCUGGAGGGCGAGGAUGCCCACCUCUCCUCCUCCCAGUUCUCUUCUGGUUCUCAGUCAUCCAGAGAUGUGACCUCCUCCAGUCGUCAGGUCCGUACCAAGGUCGUGGAUGUGCACGAUGGCAAGGUGGUGUCCACCCACGAGCAGGUCCUUCGCACCAAGAACUGAGGCUACUCAGCACUGCUCAGGCCUAGGAAGCCCCCUGUGUGGACACAGAUCCACCUGAAGAUCCCUUCUCCUGCCCCCAAAACACAUGGCACUGUACUUUACCCCUGGCCCCUCCUGGCAGUCAAUAAAGCUUCUUUAUUUGAGUUGCA